UGUUAAAUUCAGUGUUACAGUGUAAAUUUCCUAACAAUAAUACGUGAUUUCAUAUUUUUUUAUUAGUAACGUUAUUGUUUUACUUUACAUAAAUUUAAAGCAAAAAUGUUAUGAAAAUAUCGUUAUAUUUAGAAUACGAGGGACAAGGGAAGACGUUAAACUUAAUUCUAAAAAUACAUCCACAUUUUUCACAAAAUGUAUUCAAUAUUUUUGAAAAUUCCUAUGGGACCGUUGAAAUCCUUUAAUAACACAUCAAGAGGAAUAAUACUUCCGUUAGUAAGAAAUAUUUAUAAUCAACAAGGGCUUGGUACAACAAGGUCCGAAUGUAAGACCCACGAAGAUCAAAUUAAGAAAAAUAAGUUUUUAUUAUUUUCUUUAUUAUUUGGAGUCAGUACUUUUACAAUUUAUAAAACAUGGUCACAAUAUAAUAUUUUUCCAUCAAUUAUUGCUGCUGAACAAGUAGCAGAGUCUGAGGGUGAAUCAGAAAGUGAGAUGGAGACAAGGAAAAAGCGAUUUAGGAAAGAAAAAAUUGGAUUUAGAGACAGAAAGAUAAUUGAAUACGAGAAUCGUAUGCGUCACUAUUCCACUCCGGACAAGGUAUUUCGUUAUUUUGCCACUCUCCAAGCUCAACAUCAUGAUCAACAUGAGGUCUUCAUGACACCGGAUGAUUUUCUACGUUCUAUGACGCCUGGAGUUAAACAACCUGAUGGUUUGGGUCUUGAUCAAUACAGAAGAUAUGAUCCAAAGAACAUCAGUGAGACUAUAAGCCAACGUUUGAACUUGGACCUUGAUGAAGAUUCUAUAUUUUACAAGCUUGGAUCCUCUGGAUUAAUUACGUUUAGUGACUACAUUUUCCUGUUGACCGUGCUUUCAACGUCCCGCCGCCAUUUUGAAAUCGCAUUUCGUAUGUUUGAUCUAAACGGUGAUGGCGAUGUAGACUGCGAGGAGUUUGAGAAGGUGGCUGCCCUCAUUCGACAGCAGAGCAGCAUUGGAUCACGGCAUCGCGACCAUGCAAAUACUGGCAACACUUUUAAGGGUAUAAAUUCAGCAUUAACCACCUACUUUUUUGGACCGAAGCUCAAUGAGAAAUUGACGAUUGAAAAGUUUUUGGACUUCCAACAUCAGUUGCAAAAGGAAAUACUCUCUCUGGAGUUUCAAAGGAAGCAACCAGAUGAAAACGGCCGCAUAACGGAAGCAGAUUUCGCGGAGCUGUUGCUGGCCUAUGCCGGAUAUCCCGCUAAGAAGAAAGCCAGGAUGCUGAAACGUGUUAAGAAAGCCUUCCGCGACCACGGCGUCGGAAUAACAAAGGACGACUACUUAAAGUUCUUCCACCUCCUGAACAACAUCAACGACGUGGACACAGCACUUACGUUCUAUCACAUAGCGGGCGCGUCCAUCGAUCAGCCGACGCUCCGACAUGUCGCCAACACCGUGGCUCACGUGGACUUAGACCCUCACGUCAUUAAUGUGGUCUUCACCAUCUUUGAUGAGAAUAUGGACGGACAACUAAGCAACCGAGAGUUUGUGGCCGUGAUGAAGAAUAGGUUGCUCCGAGGUCUUGAGAAGCCGAAGGACACUGGAUUCGUCAAACUUAUGCAUUCGCUGAUAAAAUGCGCGAGAGACACAAAACCGGCAUUACUCGAUUUUUAAUACCCAAUUGAAUUAAAAAUGUAUGUCAACAAUUUUAUGCAUUUUUUUUAUUGCUUGAUAAAUUUGAUUGUACCCUCAUAACAAUAGCUUUUCCAUACAUACUGGAUUGGUCUCGAGCUCCAAAUAUGGUCCGUAUGGUGUUUGAGAUAAGUUUUCAUAUUUACUAUGUAUUAUAUAUUUUAUAUAGAAAUCAAGUAUGUUGUUCUAAAAUAAGUAAUAAUAUAAGUGUUAUUAAACAUUUAACUGUAUGCCAUAUUUUAAAUAAUAGUAAUGUAUUUAUGUACUUUUAAAAAAUAUAAUUGAUGAAAUAUUGUUAUCUGCACCUAUUUCUUAUAUUUACAUAAUGAGAGAGAAUCUAAAACGAAAGAGAAAAUUUUGCUUUCGUUCGUAGUAAUUCGUCAAACUACACGACGCAUCGUAUCGAGUAUCUGUGAUUGGCCAAAAUUUGUAACAGCAAUCUUGUUUCCAAUCCAUGCAAUGCAGGCGCGCUCUGAUAACGUAUGCUGGAACAUGCAAGAUGGUGCCUGGUAAGGUCGAAGUAUGGGUGACAGACCAACGCGGCAUUUUGUCUUUCGUUUUAUAUUUUAAAAUCGUUUUCAAUAUUAUAAAAUUUUUCAAGAUCAGCACAACAAAUAUAUACAUAUGUAUAUAUCUUAAAUGUAUCGGAAUGUUAGAAGCUCUCUGCUAAAGUUAGUUAUAAGAUUUAAUUUGUAUAGUGUUUAAAAAAAUAUUAUUUUAAGAACUUUUAUUAGAUGUUUAUUUCUGGUCAUUAAUUUAAGAUAUACGCCCAUCACGAGAAACGCAAAUUGCGAGUGUCAAAAAUUUGACACUCUUCUUUGAUAUAUUAUUUCUGCUGUUCUAAACUAAAUACAUCCAUGUACCAUCAAACUUAUCGAUAAACGAAAAGUUUUUACUGAUGUCAAAUAUCAAAAUUUAAAAAUAAACUUGUUGACAAGAUGGCGGAUGAUAUCAGCUGUUUAGUAUUAUUUGUAAAAUUCAAAUUACUUUUAUUUUAAGGUUACAGCUGAUAAUGUAAUGUAAUUUUUAGACUGAACGGUAUGAUUUUAUCGGUAAUGAUAUUAUUGAUACUAUGUUCAAAGUGAAGGUGUUUAUUGAUACUCCAUAAAGGCGUUCCUCCAUCGUUAAUGAUCCAUGACCAAUCUACCCACUGACUCCAUCCUUAGCCGUCGGAAUAAUUUGUUAGCGCGUUCAGUAUAGGUUUCGCGUAUGUAUUGUGUUUGUUUAGCUUAUACUUAUUAUAAUUUUGUUUCCUACAUUGUUUAAAUAAUUUAAGCUUAUUGUGAUGUUGCGUUUAUUAAAGAAUUGUUAAACAUUUAUUUAUUAAUAAAUAAUAUUUAAUUGA